UUUUUAGUCGUCUUUCAAUUUUUCUAUGAAGAGGAGACGUGUGUUUAAGUUUGCGCUUGAAAAAAAAAGAAAAUCUUUUUUGGAGUUUUUUUAAUUAAUUUCUUUUAGUUCGUUAUUUUACGUUUAUAAUACAUAUAUAAAACUGAAACAAUAACUAAAUAAUAAACUAAUGACUGCAUUUGUAAGAAACUAAAACGUUAAUCAUUAAAAACGAACACUUUUGGUAAACGCUUGAAUAGCCUCCAUACGGUAUUGGUUUAACUCCACGUGAAAGUGGGAGCCAGCAGCAACUAUAUAUUUAUCUACGCCUCACGAAUAUAGAAAAGAAAAUUUUCUCACAUUAACAUUAAUUUUCUUUUUUCGUUUACAUUUUCUUUUCAUUUUUGGCAUAAAUUUUAUUUCGUUACAAACGAAAAGUUUAGUUUUAUGCUUUUGUAACUUAAAAGACUGAAUUAAUUAAAUUAAAGUAAUAAAAAUUAAAGAAAGAAAACCAAGAUAUUUAUAAAAAAGUAAAAAUAAUCCACGACGACAUUUUUUUUCUCUUUGACUUAAAAAGUGAAUGAUGAAUAAUUAGCACAGAUAAAAAAAAUUAAAAAAAAAAAAUAAAACAAGAAACGAAUAGAAAAACAAGCAAAAGCAAAGUGUAAAAAUAUUAUUAAAGUGAAAAAACAACAACAGUAAUCGGAAAACAAAAAGAAGAAGAAGAUUAAAUAAAAAGACACAAACAAACACACACAGCUGUUCCAUAACAUACUGCCCAAUUUGUAUAAAAAAAGAAUAUAAAAAAUAUGCGUACAUGUGUGUGAGUGCUUAAAAAACAAAAAAAAAAAGAGAGGAAAAAGAUUAAAGAAAUUCCUGCAUAAUUAUUCAAUAAUUAAUACACAUUACCAACCGAAAAAAAAAUCAUACGAAAUAAAGAAAAAGAGAAAAAUUAUAAAAUAUAACACUGCUGCAAUUCUUAAUCAAAACUAUUUAAUAGAAAUUUUGGUGAAAAGUUUUGUAUUGCAAUAUAAUUCCAAAAAUAAUAAAAGAAAGAAAUUAAAUUCGUGACAAGUGUUUUAAACCAAGUAAAUGUACAUAUUUUUUUAUAAUUAUUAAAAAAGGCGUAAAUCUCUGUCUUUUUGCAAAUACACAACAGUUGAAAAGAAAUCGAAAAGAAAAAUUCAACUUUUUAUAGACGUUGCAGUUAAGGAGGGGCCAAAUUGAAGAAUAUCAUCAUCAUCAUCGCCAUCGCCUGUUUAUAGUUUCAUUUCAAUUGAGUUUUUUUACUCUUCUUUUGCACGAUUUUUUUUUUGUCUUUGCUUAAGCUUAGAAAAUUAGCGGACGCAGCAUAAAAACUCGAAUAAAAAACCUCACUUAAACAGCAAAAGAAACGGUGAAGAAAAGAAACUGAAGAAGAAAAAAAAAAAGUAAAAUCGCAAAAUUUGCAAAAACGGUACCAAAAUUAAAUUACCACUUAAAUACUCGUGGCAGAGUAGACAGCGAACAAACAAAAAUUUCGGCUCAAAAGAAAUGCUAAUAAAUUUAUAUUCAAGAAAAGAAAACUUCAAUUUUUGAAAAAAGGAAAAGCAACAGAACAAAAAAGGUCAUUAGAAAUAUGAACACCUCUCAGGGUUCAACUGCAACGUCGUCUGGUACGACGACUACGACGACAACAUCACAACAAUCUCUGACGAACGGUGGUACUAGUGGUACCACAAGCGCAGGCGGCAAUAAUGAACGCAAACGUCUCUUUAUUACACACGUCGACUCUCUGGGACCAUACCUCAAGAUCAGUGGUCACCUUAAUCCCGAUGCUAUGGGUGUAGUGCGUAGCCAAGUUCAAAAAAUCUUAACCACAUGCUAUACGAUUGAUUCAUCAUGGCCAGUAGCACGUCAGCUGGCUCUACUGUUACCCGGUGCCAUGUGUCUAUACAAACGCAUCAAUGGUGCUGCUCCGGCAGAUUUUGAAUUUGUUCGAUCACGCAUUAUAAAAGUUAUUGCCGCCCCAUCCAGUGCUCCCCCCACGACAACGCCAAAAGUAGAAAUCGAAAUCAUAGAUUAUGGUCAUGUUGCAACCGUGGCCAGUGUUGAGUUACUAUUUCCACAAAAUCCUGAACAAUUGGUAAAUAUCCCAACUAUGUGCUCUCAAUAUAUAGUUUUGGGUAUUUGUGAAGAUUGGAAAAAAUCUCAACUCGAUGAAAUUUUACGAAUGAUAGCACAUCAUUCUGUAGAGAUUUCCAUUAUAAAGGAAUUUAAUCAAUUUAAAUUUAUAACAAUGAAAUGGAAAGAAUUUAAUAUUGCUGAAUUUCUGAUACAUCAGAAGAAAAUGGGUGCACCCAUAGCAAAUGAUUUGUUAUUUGAAAAAUUUUCUAAAAUACUCAAACAACAACAACAGCAGCAACAACAAGCUGUAUUAAAUAAUAACAAUAUGCCAACUCCCAAUAUGAAUAAUAAUCAAAAUAAUAAUAACAACAACAAUAAUUACUAUAAUAAAAAUGCACCACAACAGUCAUCUUCAUCAUCGACAUCUUCCGGCAUCAAUACAAAUUCUAAUAAUAAUGUUGUGGCAGUAGCACAAGCAGCAGCCAAAGCUGUUUCUGCUGUUUCAAUGACUGCUCCGCCACAUCAAACAAUCACAGCUACAACAACAGGUGCUACAAAUAAUCAAUUGCGUGAACAAAUGGCUGCUAGACGUUCUUUAUCAGCACGUUUGCAACAAUUGCAACAUCCACAGUUACAUCAACAACUGCAUAUGCGUCCAAAUGUAGGGCAUAUGGCUUCAGCGGGUCAAAGUGGUGGUCAUCACAUGAUAAUUACUGCACCUGUUCAGCCACGUAUGCCCCAGUCAAUUGGCAAUUUAAGAUCAAUGAUGCAAGGUAUUCAUUUACAAAAUAAUCGCAUUCCCUAUACUGGUCUCCACUAUCAACCACAACCACAACAACAUCCACAUCACCCGCAUCAUCACCAUCAUCAACAACCACCUCCGCCAUUACCCACUGCCGCUGGCAUGUCGGCAACAGCAGGUUCCUAUAAUGGUUUACCCGGUGUCAUGCCUUCAACAGUGCCACAUUUUAAUAAUUUCAAUCCCCGCUAUCAAAGACCACCUCCACCUACACAAUUGAGUGCCAUCAAUAUGCCACAACCACAAAUGCCACUCUCACCACCCAGACGCACUACGCCAGCCACUUUUAAAUCUAAUACUCUGACCGUGGGUCAAGUAUACGAUGUGAGUGUGAGUUUUGUAGAGAAUGGUCCAUUUUUAUUUUCCGUCCAGCUGGUAUCGCAUCAAGAUGACCUAACCGAUAUGAUGAAUCAAAUUGAAAAGGUGCAUUUGAAACAGUUUAGUGAGAAACCUUUAUUGGGAACAGCUUGUAUAGCACGUUAUAGUGAAGACGGUCAACUCUAUAGAGCUCUCAUAACCGGUGUACAACCUACAGCUUGUAAAGUGGCCUACAUAGAUUAUGGCAAUGCUGAGUUGGUACAUUUUAGAGAUUUGUAUGAAAUACCAGAUGAAUUUCUUAAAUUUAAAGCCUUUGCCUUACGUUUCACUCUAUCCGGUCACAAGGAAUUGGAACCCAUUGAUGAUAGUUUGAAAAAGGCUUUCAAGGACUUGGUUAUUUAUAAGAAUUGUAAACUAAAAGUUAUGCCUUUAGAGGGACCACCUCUGGUUCAAUAUUGUGAGUUGUAUCUGCAGGAGAAGAACAUUUUGCAUGUUUUAAAACAAAUACAAAAAACACGUUUGGUUUAUGCUAAAAAUGAACCUUUGCGUAAUAACGAUAUAGUGGAGAUACGUUAUAUUGAUUCACCUAAAAAUUUCUAUGUCCAAAAGGUCGAUAAUAUUCCCGCCUUUGAGAAACUUAUGGACGAUAUGUUUUUGUAUUAUAACAAAAAUCAAAAUGUACCCAAUCACUUGGCUUUGGGUGCACCCUGUAUUGUUAAAUACGAUAAUGAGUGGUAUAGAGCAGAGGUUAUGCGUGCCGAUUCCACAGCCAUUAUAGUCAGACAUGUAGAUUUUGGCUAUGAACAAAAGGUAACGAAAAAUCUACUCAGUACCAUAGCGGAGAAACAUUUGAAAUUGCCUCGUCAAGCGGUACAAUGCUGCCUAAAGGGUUUCGAAAACAAUGAACUGAGUAAGGAUUUAGCUACCACACAAUUUGAAAUGUUGGCCGAGGAGUCGAAUCGUCAAAGAAGAUCCUUUACCGUUAAAGUAUUUCGCAUACAGCCCGAUGGUGUUAAUCUAGUAAAUCUAUGUACCAAAGAUCUCAAUGUCAUGAAGAAAUUAUACAAAUUGUCUAUGCCUUUCGAACAAUAUUUAACAUUGGAAAAGGAAGACUUUAAUUUGCAUGCAGGUGCUGGUCAUCAUGGUCAAAAUGGUCAUCAUAAAACACAUUCAGAAAAUGGCAAUAAAACACCUUCUAUAGCCUCUUCCACGGAUGUGGCCUCUAUGCAUUCAAGUAAAAAAGGUCACAUACUCAAUUCGACCACAUUGCAAAGUGAAGAACAACGUAUGCAACAAAAACAGCAACAGUUGCAACAACAGCCACAGCAAAGACAACAUAAUCGCAAUAACAAUGUUAAUAAUCAAAGUUAUGCAACUUCGCCAACCACCACAGAAUGGGACAAACAAAGCUCAAAUAGUUCCUUGAUUACCGAGAAUAGAGAUUCACGUUCUAGUUCAAGUGAAUUUAAACAGCAGCAAGGACAACAGGGACAACGCAGACAAAACUAUUAUAAAAAUUAUCCCUCAAAUAGACAGCAACAACAACAGCAUCAGCAGCAAUAUAUAACAAGUUCCAAUAAUUCAGUAGCCAGUGAUAAACGCAGUACUACCAGUAGUUAUAAUAAUCAAAGACCUUCAUCGGUUACAAACUCUAAUACACCACCCAGAUUCCAAAAACAACAGCAAAAUAAACAAAAUUAUCUACAACAACAGAAUUCUCCACGCCAGCAUAGACAACAGCAGCAGCAACAACAGCAGCAGCGACCACAAAAUGCUCCACAAGGUUUUUCACAACAACCCAAACACAAAGAUAACCAAUUAAAUAACACCAAUAAUAGCAACAAGUCUUCCUCCUCAGUUAAUACUGAAACUUCCAAAAAAUCACAAGAACAAAUUAACAAAAACAACACGGAUAAUACUUCAACUAACAGCAAUCAGCAGCAACAGGCCAAAGAUAAACCCCCCACUACCUAUACAUUUGUACCACUCAACAAAGCCUUUCCAGUUAAAGCCAUUGAAACACCUUGUCGUGAGGAAGUUAUUAUAUCCUGGUGGAUUUCUCCACAUCAAUUUUAUACUCAAUUAAAAUCACGUUCCGCAGAAUUUGAACGUUUCAUGAAAGAUAUACAACAAUUCUAUCAUAAAUUACCGCUACAACAGCUACAAUUGAAGGUGGGUUCGUAUGUAAUGGCACGUCAACGUAAAGAUAACAUUAUCUAUCGUGCUCGCAUUAUGGCCUGCAAUCAAAUGUUGCGCAAAUAUAAAGUACAUUUUGUAGAUUUUGGUAAUCAAUAUACGGUAACCUCAGAGGAUAUUUGGCAAGUUGAAAAACGUUUUGCCGAUUUUCCCAUUAUGGCCUAUUUGUGUGGUUUCGAUGGCAUUGUCUCCAACUAUGAUCAUCUCUAUAUCAUUGAUCGCAUGGAUAAGUAUUUGCCACAGGGUGUAACAUUACAAUGUGAAUACAUUGAAAAGAAUAAUCAUGAUUUGUAUUAUGUCAAUGUAAAGGUGAAUAAGGUAUCGCUGAAACAAACUCUUUGUACUGAAGGUUUAAUUACCGAAAUAUGUCCUGAACUCCGUUUGGAUUUACUGGCCGGCCAACAAAUACGUGCCAAAAUAUCUUCCAUUAAUAAUAUGUUAAAUUUCAAAAUUCAAUUACCAUUUUAUGGCUGUGAAAAUAUCACUAACAUUGAAAUGUUAUGUUCUUACGAUGAUGUACGUUUUGUUAAAUCUAAUCAGGAUAUAGCCCGCAAGUUUAAACAGUUCUAUGAUGGCAAAUCAUGUGUUCUCAAUAUCAAGGAUGUUAACGAUAAUAAAGUUCUUUUAUUGCGUCCUCUAAUGCCGUUGCUUAAAGAAGACAUACCCUGGUAUAUCUGUACACCACCCAUUCUCUUGGAAAGCUUCAAUGUGCGUAUUGUUUAUGUGCCAUCACCUUAUCGUUUGUAUGGACAAAUUGUGGCCACUGAAAUGGAAAUGGCACAACUAUUGGAUGACAUGUUUAAUUACUAUGAAAAUGAAGGUACUCUGCUUGAAACAUACGAUUUGGAGCAAAUAUGUGCCGCUAAAGGCAGUGAUGGCAAUUGGUAUAGAGCACGCAUACAAAGUAAUCAAAAUGCCCAGGGAGCUUUUGAAGUUAACUUUAUAGAUUAUGGCAAUACAGAACCGGUAGAGAAGCAGCUUUUAAAGAAAUUAGAAGAAAAAUUCUAUUUGAAUAAGAGUGCUUAUGCUAUGGAAAUAAAUCUGCCCCUGAAAACAUUGGCAGCCGAUAUGCAACAGAAACAAAAGGGCAAGAAAGCUGCAGGAUCCACCGCCGCAUCCAAUGAAACCGAUAUAGCGGUCAUUAAAUCAUUGACCAGCUUAACUUUGGAUAAGGAAAUCACUGUUAAGUGUCUGGAAGUUAAGAAUAAUCAUUUAAUUGCCGAUCUCUUAAUGCCGGAUGGCAAAAAUAUGAUCGAUUUGCUUAAGGAACAAAAGCUAAUUAAAUCACGCGAUUUGGAAUAUAUGCGCAAAUUAUUGGAGAAAGAAAAACCCAAUGUUUUGGAAUAUAUAGAAUGUGUUGAUUUAACCUUGGAAGAUGAGGAUGAGGGUGGCGAAGAGAAAACGAAAACGGGCAAUAGAAGUAAACCAUCAACGCCCAAGAAAAAGAAAGCCAAUAACAAAGAAGUUGAAGCAGAGAAAAAGACUGCAGCCGUCAGUCAAGAAGAAAAGAAAGUGCUUAAGCCAGAGGAACCGCAAGAAAAACCUAAAGUGGCAGAAGUUAAAAAAGCUGCUGAAUUUGUGCCCGAGAAACCCAAAGAAACACCAAAAGUUGAGGAACCCAAAGCCAAAAUACAAGAAGUUAUUGUGGAGCCAGUGCCAGAGCCUGAAGCAGAGCCGGAACCAGAACCUGUUGUCAAUCCUUAUGCUGAUAUGGAACAUGCCAUUUUAGCUCACUGUGAUAAUCCGGCACAAUUCUUUAUACAUCCCAUGGACAAGGUUAAAGAUCUACAGCGUUUGCAGGAGAACAUACAAAUUGUGGCCAGUUCAUUGCCACCUUUAAUGCGCAUAAUCAACGGUGCCUACUGUAUAUCCAUGUACUCGGUGGACAAACAAUGGUAUCGUGCUAAAAUCUUAGAUGCUGAAUUAAUGGUUUUGCAAUUUAUUGAUUUUGGCAACACUGAUUGUGUAAACGAUACCACUGACUUAAAGGAAAUGAUUGUUUUCCCUGAUGUUGAACCUUUAUGCAUACCCUGUGCACUACCCAUACGACCCAAUGGUACUAUCGACUGGCAGGAUGCAGCCAAUGCUAUAUUCAACGAUUCCUAUAAUAAGGUUUUGGACUAUGAGUUCAUUACCCAGGGAGAACAAUUCAAAAAGAGUUAUGUUAAUCUGUACAUAGAGGGUGUUAAUGUUAUGGAGAAAUUAAUAAAGGAUGGCUAUGCCAAACCUUUGGAAAUAGUAGAUUCAGGAGAGAAUUGUUAUAUAUCACAUGUCAAUGGUAUUUCCGACUUCUAUAUACAAUACGAAAAAGAUUCUAAAGGCUUGGAACUAAUCGAAAUCUAUUUAGCCGACUAUGAGAAACUUAAGAAAUUGGAAAAAUUUGAAAAACACAAAAUUGUGGCCGCCCUAUUUCCCGACGAUGAAAUGUGGUACAGAGCCAAGUUGUUGAAACAAGUUGGCGAGGGUUAUGAGGUUUUAUUCAUAGACUAUGGUAACACCAGCAUUAGUCCGGAGUGUCGUGAGAUUUCCCAAGAAAUAGCAGAAUUACCUCCACUCUCAAAGAAAUGUGCUUUAGAGGUGCCUGCCAGCUGCACCUGCUGGUCUGAUGCAGCUGAACAGAAAUUUAUGGAAAUUGCUGAUACUGGUGAGACUAUAUUCAGUGUAGAAUUACGUGAGCCAUCGCAACAUCAUGCUGUUGUUCAUCUACUAAUCGAUGGUCAUAAUAUCAAUGAUGAUCUCGAGGAGUUGUGCGAAAAGAAACCUUUACCCGAACCCUGUAACGAAAUGAAUACCAGUUUUAACAACUCGACUCUUCACACCUCUGUUUAUGAGUCCGGCACUUUAUACGAAGCGGUUAUAUCACAUGCCAAUUCACCUUGUGGUUUUUAUAUACAAUUUACCAAGGAUACUAUACGUCUAGAAGAUAUGACACAAUCUCUUAAUACUUUGGCCAUGGAGAAGUUAGAGAAUCCCUGCAAGUUGCAGUUAUGUGCUGCUCUCUAUCCUGAAGAUUCCAAACUAUACAGAGCUAAAAUAUUGGAAAUAUUGGGCAAUAAUGAAUACCGAGUUCUUUUUGUAGAUUUUGGUAAUGAAGCUGUUACCACAGAGCUAAAGACUUUACCCCAAGAUCUAGUGGAACUAAAGGAAUUCUCGAAGAAAUGUCAAUUGGAGAAUGCCCUUAAAUAUUCGCAAUUUGGUCCAAUUGCCACAGAGUCUUUCAAUACCUUAAUAGAUCAAUGUGAGGGUCUGGUCAAAAUUGAUAUUAUUAAUGAAGGUACUGACAAGCAGCCGGCCAUAGUGAAAGCAUUUGCCAUGAAUACUGAGGAAAAUCUCUGUGAAAGUCUUAAUAAACUAUUAGGCAUGGAUCAUAAAACCCAAACGGUGACAAUACCUCCACAAGUUAGCAGUGGCAUAUUGCCUGAAGAGGAUUUAGAAAAAGCAGCCAAAACUUGUGUCAUUUCUCAUGCCAUUUCGCCCUCGCAAUUCUACAUACAAUUGAAAUCUAAUUCGGGUAAAAUGGAAACUGUAAAGAAGGCUUUACUCAACUUGCCAGCAGUCAAUGAAAACCAAGAGAAACUGCAACAAACUGAAGUGGGCAGGGUGUGUUGUGCUUAUUCAGCCGAAGAUGACUGUUACUAUAGAGGACGUAUAGAAGGUGUUUUGGCGGGUGAGAAAGGCUACGAAAUAUUCUUAUUAGAUUAUGGCAAUACCAUAACGACCCAAGAAAUACGUGAACUACCCGAAGAACUAAGAUCUAUACCAGCCAUAGCUCUAAAAUGUCGUCUAAAUUCAAUACCUUCUGGGGUAAGUGACUCAGUACUAGAAGAGCGUUUUGCUGCUUUGCUGGAAACACAUUUCGGUGAAAUUUACGAAAUUGAACAGGAUGAAGUGGAUGAAGAAACUCGUAUACACACUGUCAAGCUGCAAGUCAAUUACAAGGACUUGGCCGAGGAACUAGAAAAAGCCGUGGAAUCUAAUACUGCUGUAGAAGAAGUAUUCUCUCCUUUACCUACUCUUUAUGAUUGUAGUAUCAUACAAGUAAAUUCUCCCACCUCUUUCUAUGUACAAUUAACCAAAGACGUUUCUCAACUAGAACACAUCACCGAUGUUUUACUAGAUGCAGAAACAGAAUUUCCUGUAUUCACUGACUUACAAGUGGGUGCCAUAUGUGCUGCCCAAUUUCCCGAAGAUUUGGCCUACUAUCGUGCCGAAAUUGUAGCCCUGCUAGAGGACAACAAAUGUGAAGUUCACUACAUAGACUUUGGCAAUAACUCAAUAACCGAUAAAUUCUAUAAACUACCCGAAGAACUACUUAAAAUGGAAAGAUAUAGUAAACAAUGUUCCUUGGACUCUACAUGUCCACUGACACCCGAAGUUGUGCAACAUUUUUCACAAUUUGUUGAUACACGUUUCUCAGAGACAUUCCAAUUAGAAUUUCUAAAAACAUCCGACACUUUGAACAUUGUAAGAGUAUUCUAUCAGGAAAAGAAUAUCAUACAGGAAAUUUUACAAAUCAUUAAAAACGGUGGAGUGGAUGGAGCAUUAUUGAAUGGUGAUGCUGCUAUUGAUGACAGUGAAGAAGUUGUGGAACAGUCUAGCAGUGGCAUUGGUAGUUUAAAUACUAACGAAGCUCAAACAAAUGGUGAGCAGUAAGAGAAAAGAAACAACUAUUUUUUAAUUAACAAAAAUUGAAGACCUGUAAAAAAUACACAUUAAAAAGAUCUUCUAAAGACAUUUAAUAAGAAACGAAAAUAUGAAGAUGACACAAAAAUUCCUUUAACUCAAAAAGGUAUUACGAUAAACUAAAGAAAUGUUGCUGUUAAACAACUAAAAAUAUGUAUAUGUAUGUAAAUGUUUAAAACAAAUGUACUUUAAUGUAUUUGAACAAACAAACUUAUGAAUUAAUGAAUUGUGAUUGAAGCUUUGAAUGAAAAAUGCUUCCAGAAUAUCAUGAAAAAAAAACAAACAAACUAAACUAUUUUAGUUUAAAGAAUGAAAAACAAUUUAAUGAACACUGCAGCUGCUGUUCCAACGAUUUAAAUGAAAAAUAAUUUAAAACAUUAAAAAUGUUAAACAAACAAAUAUUAACAUUGUUAAAGACGAAUACGAAGUAAGAGAAUUCCCCCCAAUAAAUGGACAAGAGUAAUAACUGAAGAAAAUGUCGGAGAAUAAACAUAAUAAAUCAAAUAAUUAAAUAGUAUUUGAUAAAAUUAUCUCACAAUUAUGAAUAUUAAUUGAAAGACAUUUAUAUCGGACCAUAUAUUAUUACACUUCUAUAAAAGAUUGACUCAAACCAAACGAAAUUUAAACAAAAUAAACCUAACGUGUGCCAACAUAAAAAGAUGCGAAGAAUGAGGAAGGACUUGCAAAUAAUAAAUGGACUCAAACGGUAAAGGUAUGCUUUACAAAACGACAAAGAAAUCACAGAGUGUUUUCUCUCUCUUUUACUACAAACAUACUUGGGAGUAAAUAAAGGCAUAUUUAUUUAUUAUACUGCCUACAUUUAGGCUAAGAAAUAUAGAUGAAAAUAUUUCAAACAUGGAAAAUUGAAAAGAUAAAUGAAAUAAAAUGAAAAUAAUAAAAUUCUUGAAUGUGAUAAAAUAAAAUUGAAAGAUUACUAAGAAACUUUUUAUGUGUUUUUUGGAAAAAAAAAACUUUUUUAAAAAACGAUAUUUAAAAAGCCUGUUUAAAGCUUUCUAAAAAAAAAACUAGUUUUAAGAUUUUUUAUAAACCUAAAAAAAGCAAGCAGCUAAUUUGAGAAAAAAAUAUGAUUUUUAUGGUAGUAAAACUACUGCUUUAUGAAAAAAAGAAUAAAAAAAAACGAAAAAAAAUAAGAUUGAAUAUUAAAAUAUUGAAAAAAAAUUUAAAAGAUUUUUAAAAAAUUUCUUAAAGAAAUGAAGUAUUAAUUUAAUGAAUUUCGAAAUUACUUGUUUUUAACAAGAUUUUUUUUUUAAUUUUUUUAAUAUUAAAACUAUUUUUAUAUAAACGAACGAUUAAUGAUUUUGUUUGAAAAAAAAUGUAAACGAAAUUAAAAAAACAAACAAGUGCUCAUUUAUUUUUUAAUAAAAAAAAAAAAAAAUAAAAAAGUUAUAAACUUAAAUCUAACUGUAAAACCCAAACUAAAUACAUAAAUAAUACAUUAAUAACUAUUGCUCAUGGAGAGAGGGAGUGAAAUAAAUUAUUUUGCAAUAUUUAAAAGGUUGAAUUGUUUAUAUUAUAAACAUUUUUUAUUAUAAUUAUUUGUUUUCUUUUUAUAAAUAUUUAACAAUUUCAAGUUUAAUUUUUGUUAUAAUGAAUUUUGUUUUUUUUUUUUUAAUUUUAACAUAGAUUUUUAUUUCUUUUUAUUAAUAUUAAACAUAUUUAAAUGUGAAUUAUUUAUUUAAUUUCUUGUACUUUUAGUUAGUUGAAUUUUUAAAAAAACACUUUUUUAAAUUAUUAUUGUUGUAAAAAAAAAACAAACAAACCAACACCAGAAACAAAAUAUAGAAAUACUAACUUAAACUAAACAGAAAAUGAGGAAAAAAAAACAAACAAAUCUACAUAAAAACAAAAUAUAUGUGUAACUAAUGUCUUCUCUAUAUUAUCCUUUAUUUUUUGCAUUAAAUAUCAAAACAGUAAAAAAAAUUAUUAAAACAAAAUAAAACAAUUAAAAAAAAAAA